UGAAGAUUGGUAUGGAAUGUUGUAUUCUUGGGCAGAUAAUAAGAAGCGUUCAACUUUGAUGAUGUCGUUGUUUGAACCCGGAGACAAUGCAUUGCCGUGGCUUGGCAAGUUUAAGAGAUUGGGCCCUGCUGGAAGUUUACCAAUUGAUCCAUAUGGGGAAGAUGAUAGCAAGACACCAUUCCCAUUGACUCCGGGCAUAAAGAAAAGCUAUGGUACAAAUCCAGUGGUGUGGAUCAAGCCAAGCGGUCUGCAGGCUGAUGUCCAGAAAGUUCUACGCUAUGCGAGGAAGCUGCCAGAAAAAACACAGAUUUUCUAUAAAGAGUUAAACAGACUACGUAAGGCUGCUCUUUCUUUCGGAAUGAUCGAGUUACUACAGGGAUUAUCUCGAAUCAUGGACCGUGAAUGUCAGAUGCUGCCUGGCACCGCGCAUCCCGAUGCUGCACUUCAGCUUACCCACGCAUCAAAGGCACUUAGAAUGGCUAUCGAUAGGGGGAUUUCAUACGAGAUUGUUCCCCUCUCUACAAACUUUGCCAAAAAUACUUAAGAAAAUAGACUGAAAAAAUAUGUUGGAUGGAAAUUGCUCAUACAAGUUGAACACCUCAUUUACGACAUUUAUCGUAUUACCAGGCUUGUGAUGAAAUGGUGUUUAUUUGAAGUAUCUAGCCUCAUGCCAGAUUAUUCACUUUUCCUAUUGUCCAUCCGAGACUAGUGAUUGGCUACUUGCUGAUACUGUUACAUAUUUUACCUCUAAUUGGUAUUUAACAUCAGUUCUGAAUUACUGAACGCUCCUUGUUUCUAAAGAGCGUUCAGUAAUUCAGAAUCAUGAAUUAAUCCAAAACCUGUGUAAUUUACUGUCAGUCGUUAAAUAAACAUGCUUGUAUAUUUGUAGUACUUGUGCAAUCUGUUAGGCCUAUAGAAUAU